GUCCGACAAUCGUAUUUUUUCGCUUGCCUGCCGACUAGUCUCGUUCAUAAUACAUAUGUUUUGCUGAGAUAAAUCUCGAACGCGGAAGUACACGAGAGAGACGUAAACGCUGUCAUCCAUCGGAAGGACAGAGGAACAACGCGAGUCGAGUCCGUGGAUAUUAAUUCUUUGUCUCGAUGAAUUCACCAAUCGCCAGUAACAGACGCGCGCCUCAGUAAUUUCGCAGUUGUUUCGUACGGCGAGGCCAGACCAAUUCGUUGUUCCCUUUCUCUUUCUCUCUCUUUCCUAGAAAAGAUUUUCGAAUCAAAGAAAAAGAGAACGCCGUUAUCGAGAUCACGAAACACGGGGAAACAUCCGAGUGGAAGCUAAAGCUUCGCAUUAUUCUUCGAGACUUCGGUCAUAUUACCGGAGAACAUUGUUUUUAUUUAUUAGUCUUUUAUUCGCUUUUCGUUUUGUCAUAAUUUGACGAAAAGCAAGUACGCACGCGCGUUUUCUCCCGAGCCCCGACUUUUCCACCACACGUACUUCGCACGAAGUACAUUCACGGAAGACGAACAGAUAAUCCGAGACGCCUACGGACUUAUCGUCGACGGGCCGCCAUAUGCCACGUCAAGCCAGAAUGACGUUGCAGUGGCGAGAUCGCGACAUUUAACGAAAUUUAAUAGCAAGGAGAGGAGAGACACAGUGAAAUAAUCUAUACUCCAUCGAAUCGAGAGAAGUGCAAAUAACAGGACGAAAAAGAGAGCAUUUAGUUACAGAACAAAGGGCAGCCUGCCUUGUGUACAGGCGUGAAGAAUAUUCGAGGGCGAGAGAAAAUAUAAGACAGGGGCGUAGCCAGAAGCCGAGAAAAAGGGACGGAAAAAAAAGGUUCACGAAAAACUGGUAUAUUCGGGUCCGGUUGAUGUGCGCACGCGCGCUUCUCACCUUCCGUGAAACAAGAGAGAGACAGAGAAACGGAGGGACACAUCGCGACACGAUUCGAUAUUCUGUAGGCUAAUUUGUGUCUUGUAUACCGCCGGAUAUUACUCCUAAUUUUCAAAUGCUAGAAUUCAGGCACGCGAUUCUCACGCAAACAAAGAGCCAUCGAGUGUGGUCGCGUCAAUCGAUCGAAUGAUCAUCGUCGGGCCACAGUGCUAUAUCAUAUGGUACAAAACACGAUCGAUCGGGACAAAACAAUGGCAUUAGAGAGUGUUUCCGCGGCUGAGACUCUAAUCCAAAGUAAUAAUGACAAUGACUUGGAAGAUGGAGAAAUUCCAUCUGAUGAAGAUGAUGAACCAGUACCACCACCAGUCAAAGAUGAUGACACUGUUAGAAACACAUCAAAAGCAGAUACAUCAAAGAACAAAUCCUUUGAUUCUAAGUUUAGUAAAAGUAAAAAACCAAAUGUCCAAGGAAGUAGUAAACACGACAGAUUUUUAAAAUAUAAAAACCCAACAGAAGAUUGGGCUGGGGAUGUUGAGAAAGCUAUUAGGGCAGCUUUAGAAGAAGAUGGUGCUAGGAAUCAGGACUCUAAGUCUAAGAGUAAAAAUAAUAGAAAUAAGAGUAGGAAAAGGCUUCGUGAUGAAAGGGAGGAAGAUCGUGGCAAAGAUCAAAAGAGACGCAAGAUGAGUGAUGAUGAAAAUGUUAAUGAAGAUGAGGAUGAAAUGGUGUUUGUUCGAGGUGCCUCACCUGUUAGGAAAGAUUCACAAGAAAACAACUCUCCCAGACACGUCAAUGAUCAUGAAAAUUUUGAUAGUAAUUCAGAUUAUGAUGACAGGCCUAAUGUAAAUCGACAUAGGGAUAAUGAUACGAAGCGUGGCAAUACAAGGGGCGGCGGAGGGGGAGGACGAAGAGGUGGUAAGAAUGAACGGGGUGGUAAAAAUAAAACUCGUGGGCAAAUGAGGAAUGAUAGAAAUGGUCGGAGGAACCAGAAUAAUGAUCAUGGUCAAGAUCCAGAUGCUAUAUGUGUUUAUUAUAUGCAAGGAAAAUGUCACAGAGGAGAUGACUGUCCCUUCUCACAUAACGCAUUGCCUCCUAGAAAAAUGGAACUAUGUAAAUUUUAUCUUAUGGAUUGUUGUGCGAAGAGAGAUAAAUGUCUUUACAUGCAUCAUGAUUUUCCAUGUAAAUUUUUCCAUACGGGAUUGAAGUGUAAUCAAGGAGAAAAUUGUAAAUUUUCUCAUCAGCCUUUAAGUGAACAGGUAAAAGGAAUCUUAUUGAAGCACUUGGAAACAGCACCGAAAGAGAUUCUUGGUGACUUUCCACGUUUAAGUAGGGAAGGAGCAAUGUUAAUGAUAAAUAAUACAGCAAGAACACUAGCACAAGGUCAGGAAGUAGCAAAUCAAAAGAUUCCAAGUCUUUUUGAUUUAAAUGUACCUGCACCCACUGGUAUUACAGAUAAAAAUAAUGAGAAAGAUGAGAAAGAAGAUCAAGUAUCUCAACAAAAGAAUGUUAGAGAAAGAAAACCACCUGGUAAAAAAACAAGAUGGGGUUCUGAUGAAGAUAGGGUUCCAUUCGAACAAAUUAUGCUAUUGCAGUCAGCCAAUGAAUAUGGUCUGCAGCUUCCCAAUGCUGCACUGGGUUUAGCAACUCAGCAGCAGUUGCAUCCGAAACCACUGAUACCACAGUCCAUGUCAAACAUGGAUUUUUAUACUGAAGCGAAUUCUGAAAUGAACAAAUCCAAUAUGAACAAGCGUGAUAGAGAAGAUUUUACGAAAGACGUAGAAGAGGAUGAAAUCUUGGAGCAGGCGAAAAAGAAAGAUUCUUCUAUACUUGAGAAUUCGAAAGAUGUAGAUUUAAGGCAACUGUUAAAAACUUCAAAAAAGCCGCCUUUUGCUGUCAGUAUAGCUGAUGAAGUAGCAAACCUUACUAAGUUUAAGUUUGACGAAGAGAGCGACCAAGAUGAAGAAACAGACCUUAUUAUAGAGAUGCCAAUUGAAGAAGAGGAUAAACAGAAAGUGAAAAAUAUCGGACAUGAAGAAACGUGUACCGCAAUUGAACAAAGUAAUAAUAAUAAUACUUUUUCACCGGACUCGGAGGAGCAAGAAAUUCCGACACACUUACCGAAAAAGGCGCAGGAAUUAUUCAUGCGUAUUCAGCAACAACAGCGUGCAGCUCAAGAUAGCUUUAAGAAUAUGGAGAAUGACUGUCCGCCAGAGAACGCAGAUCAAAUUCUAGAAGACUGGUACUCUGAUGAUGACGACGAGGGAGGCAAUCUUACGAUAGUUCUGUCUAAUAAGGAUUCAUCGAAAGAAGAUAAUGAAUUCUCGGAAGAGACGCAGAAUGCCGUCAAGAAAGAAGAUAAUGAGCCGCCAACUUCAACAUCUAGCAUACCUCAACCGGCAGCGAUCGUAGACAAACUCGGUGACCUGAGCAAAAUUGAUAUUAGUGCUGAAGUGUCCAAACUUUUAUCUUCCCUUAAAGCACAUAGUUCAACCAGUGGCAAAUCCAGCCAGCAGAACGCUAAUGGUCAGGAUUACCUCUCGAAAAGUAAAUCCUCACCAGAUAGAGUGUCGUCGGAUGAAUCUAGCGCCCAUAACAAAAGCACAUUCAGUGCUCCGAAUCAGCUGCUGAAACUUGAGAAUGAAACAUCGAGUCCACGGUCGUCUCCUGGAGUGAGUUCUGCACCUUUGUCCAGAGAUCCUCGCAUGUCUCGGGAUCCUAGGCAACGUAGGGACGAACAGAAGUCAAAUAGUCCCAGUAGGAUAGAGUGCAAAAAGGAGAGCAAGCCACUUCGACUAGAAACGAGUAUUUAUAGUUCUGGUAUUACUGCAGUUGACACUAAUAUGGACACGGAUCUUCGUACGAAGACCGAUCAGGAUCUUAGAAGGAAAGAUAUGGAUUUCAGGCAACGAUUUCAAACCGGUUUCGGGGACACUGAUCUACGAGUUGUUGGGGCAAGCUUUACAGAUGCGUCCACCAAGUCGGAUGUUGACUUACGGCAAAUGUUGAGUUUGCCGUUCAAGCCAGCACCUUCUCAUGUACCUUGCACGGAAAUAGAUGCUAGUAUUUCCUCCCAUCCCCCAAUGAUGUAUAAAGUGUAUGUUGUGGACAUACCACGACCAGACUAUACCGGUUUAAAAUUAACUAAGAAUGAUGCCCAGGUGAAAUACGACCCACGAUUAAGGAAAAUAUUUCGAAUCGGUAAAAUUGAACUAGCUGAUUCCCCUAUGUCUCCACCUCCGGUGAAACCGGACACUCCAAAGUCGCCCCCACAGGUCCGAUCCGAUCCACGUCGCAAAGCUCUCGAGGCUUCCAAUUUAUCUUCUCAAAAUGUCAAUGCUUCCAUGAUGAAACCUGUGCAGCAACCACCGAUGGAAAUGUCCAACAUGGCAAUGGGUCCUGGUGGUAUGUCUGUUCCUCAAACAAUGCCAGGACCACAAGGCAUGCAAGGGGGACAGGGUAUGAUGCCUAUGGGUCCAAAUCCAAUGCUUGGAAACAUGGGUCCAAUGGGGCCAAUGAUGAAUGCACCUAUAGGUCCUCAAAACAUGCCACCUAUGGGUAUGACAGGCAUGUCCAACAUGCCUCCAGGAAUGGCCCUGAAUGGACCUGUUGUGCCUCAGAAUCAAAUGAACUUCGAUCCACGUUUCAAUGUUCAACGUAACAAUGGAGCUGGUCUGUUGGGUCCUGCACCUGGUGUAGGUGUAGGUUUUGGACCAGAUGUUAAUUCUUCGUAUGAUAGUGCACCAUCUUAUUCUGGUGGUAAUUUCAAUAAUUUUGGUCCUGGUCCCGGUCCUGCUCCUGGCCCGGCACCUCCAGAUUCAGGUAUGAUGGGGUACAACCCAAACGGUCCAAAUCCAAACUUUGGUAUGGAUGGGCCAGAGUGGAACGGUGCGAAUCAAAAUAGGCGCGGCGGCAGAAUCAGACGACGGAACCGCAACAGGACCAAUAUUGUGACUAAUAAUUAAAGCAAUAAGCAGUUU